AUGAAGAAUAAAAAUAAUAAUGAUGUGACUUACCGACGAUACAAUGAAAAUCGCACCAUUGAAAUGGAAGACGAUGGAAAUGAUUUUCUAACGCCGCUAUUUCUUCCUGCUGCUUUGGAAACUUAUUUAAACUUGAAUAAGGACAUAGAAAGUGGCAAUUUUAAGUACUCUCAGUGUUUUGAUAGAAUGUAA